AUAAUUCCUUGCAUAUCACGUCAUCUUCAUCAGGUGCCAACGAACAGGAUCUGAAUCAAAGGAUGAUGGAACGGCAAGAGGUGAGAUCGUCCAUGGCGUCGGAGGGCGAAAUCCAAGCUGACAAAGAGUCGAAACCUGCCACUGAACAUUCUUCUGAUCUGAAGGUUAGCCCCAAGUACUCAACCAAGGUUGCGGAUAUAGGUACGGAGCUUACCAAGAUGAGAGCUUCAUUACAGGACAGAGAUAUCGAAAUCAUGUCCCUGAGAGCGGAGUUGUCUGAGAAAGGCAUCACGCUCAUGGAGCUUGAAACAGAGUUGGAGAAAGGGAGAGAAUCUGAGAGAAAACUGCUCGAUUCGCUCGAGGAAACCAAGAUUUUGGUGGAAGAAUCGAAGUUCGAGAUCGCGUCUCUCAAGGAAAGGCUCGACGGAUCUGUCCAGAGCCAAGACUCUAGCGAAGACGACAGUUCUGUUCAGGAAUCUGACAUUGAAGCUCUGAAGAUGGAGCUGGAAUCCACGAAGGAGAAUCUCGCUGAUGCCCACGAGGUAGCGGAAACUUCUUCCCUGAAGCUAUCGAGCUUAACAGAAGAGAUGGGUUUGAUCAAGAACGAACUGAAAUUAGCGACGGAGGCAGAGAUAACGAGCAAGAAGGCAAUGGAUGACUUGGCGUUGGCCUUGAAAGAAGUAGCCACCGAUUGCACACAGGCUAAGCAGAAGCUUGAGGUUACAGAGGUGAAGCUUGAGGCCGAGAGGUUAGAAGCGAAACAAUGGAAGGAAAAACUCGAGGCUAUGGAGGAAAACUACGAGACCCUUUUGAAAGAAGCGAGAAAGGAGGCGGAUCUGUGGAAGAACACAUCCGAGAGGCUGAGGAUCGAGGCUGAAGAGUCACUAUUGGCUUGGAACGGGAAAGAGGCAGUGUUUGUGAGCUGCAUCAAGAGAGGGGAAGAUGAGAAGAAUUCCCUCAUAGAUGAGAACAAUAGGUUGCUUCAGGCUCUAAUGAACGCCGAAAACCUGAGCAAGAAGGCGAAAGAUGAGAAUCAGAAGCUAAGGGAUAUACUGAAGCAGGCGAUCAAUGAGGCUAACGUUGCGAAAGAAGCUGGGGGCAUAGCCAGAGCUGAGAACUCGCAGCUGAAAGAUGCAUUGAUGGACAAGGAAGAAGAGCUUCACUUCGCUUUACAAGAAAUCGAUCGCUCAAGGCUUAGAGAAGCAGUUGCUAACGAAGAUGUAAAGAACCUGAAAAGGCUUCUGUCUGAAGCAGAGUCUAAGGAGACAAAAGCAGAUUGCAAAGAGAAAAACGAAGUUACGAGCUGUCAGAAUUUGCUAAGCCGUCAAAACUCAACGCAGAAAGAUCAAGAAGUCGAGAAGAAGAAGGAGAAUCACAAGGAAAAGAAAGAACAGCAACACAACGGCAAGAAGGAAGACAAGAAAGAUCACCAUAAUAAGGACAAGAAAGAACAACACAGUUUCAGUCUGAAAGACCUAAAGAUCUCUCACUCCCACAAACACAAAGACACGACAGAUGAAGAGACAAAAGCUGCGGCAAACAACAACACACACGAAGGAACAGACGAGGUGGAGAGCGAGGUUAAUUCUCCAGGGUCAGACUCAGACCUCUUCAAAGGCUCAAUCUUUGACGUGGCCGAGACCCCAGACGCGGCCACGACCCAUCAUCACAGAAGAAAAUCAUCCUUGACGUUCUUGGAAGACGGACAGCCUAUAAAUUCAGAUGAUUUAGAGAAUUUAGAGGGUACCCAUUUGGAGGAAGGCGAAAACAACAAGGGAGGAAGAAAGAAGAAGGCGUUUAUACGAAGAUUCGGGGAUCUUCUCGUCAGGAGAAAGAGCUUUACUCACAAGAAGGAGCCAUCGAGUGAUCAGCAAGAGAAGCAGCAGACUCCGCCUCCUACGCCGCCUCAGCUGCAGUCUCCAGAACACUAAAAGACAUUUUAGUCGAUCAUUUUUGGGUAUUUAAUUUCGUAAAUACGACAUAUAUGUGUGUAUAUAUACACACGCGCGCGCGCGAUUGAAUCGUGCCGCUGUACGAGUACUGCAACGUGAAAGCUGAAGGUUAGGGUUGGCAUUGCUUUGUAGAUAUAAAAAUCCAAUCCAUGAGUUCAUAUUGCUUGAACAAGAAUUCCGCAAUAUGUGCAUUUAGUUGUUGUUUUAUGACCAAGAUUCUGC